AUGUCAAACUCAAACAAUCUCCGACCAAUCGUCCGGUAUGUGACAGGCUACAACGAAGAUGACGGCACAUCUGUGUUCCAGACCACUGUAGACAACAACCCACCUGCAAGAGAGUUCCCCGAUGGCAUGAAAAUCUUUGACUGUUACCUAACGCAAGGUUUUCCGGUCGACGUGGCGGCCGCCAAGGAUAUCCGCGCAUACGAGGAUCUCAUCCAAGACCCUCCAGGGAUCGUGAUCCCCCGACGGGUCCGCAGCUAG